UUUUGUCAGUUUGUGUGCUUCUCUAUUUAAUAACACCUCAUCACCCAGCUAGUCUCUGUACUCCUAAAGGUGAGAGGCUGUCUUAAUCUUAGUUCCUCUCCUCCUUUCCCUUUUCUUUUACUCCCUUUAUGUGUUUGCCUUUCCGUAGUGUUUUUAGUCCUUCAGUAAGAAAUAUAUCAAGUCCUAGAUCAAACUUUCCAGAAUUGAAGACACAUCCCCUCCUUCAAAGAUCUCACAGAGACAGAGUAAUUAUAAAAGACUGUGCAAGUGUUUUUUACAGCAACAUCCUGGAGAACUUGUUACUGGUGCCCCCCAGAGUAACUAAGCUUGGGGGUAGGGCCCAAUAAUUUGCAUUUCUGACAAGUACACAAAUAUUGACGCUACUGGUUUGGGACCAUAUCCUGCUUAUUUUGCUAAGACUUCAAAGACAUUUCUUUGUUAAACCAGCAGAGGGCAACAGGUAUAAAAUGUAUCUUCUAAAAAUAAACUGCCUUAUGCUACUUUGAAAAAAAAAAAAAAAAGUAUGCAGGGGUAGAAAAGAAAGAGGAAGUGCUGGCUAGAAAUCUGGCUAGACUUCCCACAGAAGGGGACACUUAGCAUGAGGGAGAAACAUAGGAAGAAAACAAUAUCCCAUAUGAGAAACUCCAAAACAUUUUUUGUGCCAGGAGGGUAAAGUCAGAGGCAAAAUGUGACCAGGAAUAAGGCUAGAGAGACAGAUAGGGAGAAGCUCAUGGAGAGUCUUAAAGACCAUGUCAAUAGAUCCUGAUAAGCAACAGGUAGCCAUAUCAUUUUUAGGUAGGGGAUUAGCAUAAUCAAGAUUAUAGUUCAGAUGGCAAUGAUAUAGAGGAUGGAUUUGAAGGUGAAGAGCCCAAGCCAGGUAAAAGCCAAGGUAAGGACCUGGACCACACAGUAGCAGCAGGAAUGGAGAAGAGGGGACAGAUUCCAGAGGUGAAGAGAUAAAAAUUAAGACUACUUCCCAGGUUUCUUUCUUUCUUGAGUGAAUAGGUUACUUGGCCACUUGGAAUAGAGAAAGCAGAGGGAGGGUAAGGUUGUUUUGUAAUGUCCACCACUGGCAGGGAGGGGUGGGGACAGGAGAAAGAAAUGAUGAUGUAAUCAUGUUUUAACGUGUUGAGUUUAAGAUACCUGAGGAUAUUCAAAUAGCAGAUGAAUAAAUUAGUCUAAAGCUUAGGGACAAGUCUGUCCAUAGAUACAAAUUGUCAAAGUCACCUGCAUAAGGUACUUGUGGAAUCUAUAAAAAUAGGUGAGACCAUACAGGAAGAGAGUUUACAGUGAGAACAGUGGCGGGCUGAAAUCAGAACCCCUAAGAACUACCUUGCCACCAACAACUUCUCCAACCUCAACCUGCCUAUGACCACCAUUUGAUGAAUUGCCACAACUAGAUGUUCUCCAUUCCCUGCUCCAUAACAUACCUCUCCACCCCAAAACUGAUUCUAAGAUCACACACCUAGGAUCACAAAUAACUCCCACACUGCAAUGCCAUUCCCAUCCUGAAACAGCCACUGGACAACUUCAAGAUCAAAAGUAUGACAUCUAUCCUCUUGAUUAUGUGGCAUUAUAUAAAUAUAUAAAUAUAAUUAGUAUUGCAAAACUAAUUUGAAUGAAGAGACUGAUAGUAAAAGACAAGUUGGACUAGGGUCCAAGAAGCUACACAGGGAAUAUAUUUAAGCAAUGACUUUUUUUUGGAGUGGGGGCUUGAGUGUGGAAGAACUGGACUAAACUUUCUAAUAAUCAUUAAUAUGGGAAUCCAUCUCCCAAGUUUAAAGAGUUUCCCUUUCUGCCCAUAUUCCCUUUCCCAGGUUAUCAAGUGCAGAGCAGCCGUGCUCUGGAAGGCAGGUGCACCAUUUUCCAUUGAGGAGGUAGAAGUGGCCCCACCAAAAGCAAAGGAAGUUCGCAUAAAGAUCGUGGCCACGGGGCUCUGUGGUACAGAGAUUAAAAUGUUGGAGAAUCAAGUGCCUUAUCCCAUCAUUAUGGGCCAUGAAGGGGCUGGAAUAGUCGAGAGUGUGGGAGAAGGAGUGAGCACCGUGAAACCAGGUGAUAAAGUGAUCACACUCUUUCUACCACAGUGCGGAGAGUGUGCCUCUUGCCUUAAUUCUGAGGACAAUUAUUGUAUACAAUUAAAACAGUCGCAUACCAGCCUGAUGACUGAUGGUACCAGUAGGUUUACCUGCAAGGGAAAACCAAUAUAUCACUUUGCCAAUACGAGCACCUUCUCUGAAUACACAGUGAUUAGAGAAAUCUCAGUAGCCAAGAUUGAUUCAGUGGCUCCUCUGGAGAAAGUAUGCCUCAUUAGCUGUGGUUUUUCCACUGGGUACGGUGCUGCGAUCAAUACUGCCAAGGUGACCCCAGGCUCCACCUGUGCAGUGUUUGGCCUUGGAGGAGUCGGCCUGUCUGUUGUCAUGGGCUGUAAAGCGGCUGGAGCGGCCAGGAUCAUUGGGGUAGACGUCAACAAAGACAAAUUUGAGAAGGCGAAGGAAGUGGGUGCCACUGAGUGCAUCAGCCCACAGGAUUUCAAGAAACCUAUCCAUGAAGUUUUAGUUGAAAUGACAGGAACUGGUGUAGAAUUUUGCUUUGAGGUCAUUGGAAAUCCAGAAAUGGUGGCAGCUGCCCUGGCCUCCUGCCACGAGAGCCAUGGGGUCUGUGUGAUUGUUGGGCUCUUGGAUUAUGGUGUCCAGCUCAACAUCAAUGGCUACUUGUUCUUCUCAGGACGAUCUUUGAAGGGAUCUGUUUUUGGAGGCUGGAAAAGCAGACAGAACGUCUCUAAACUGGUUUCUGAUUAUAUGGCAAAGAAGUUUAAUUUAGAUCCACUAAUUACCCAUACUAUGAAUCUUGAUAAAAUCAAUGAAGCAGUUGGAUUCAUGAAAACUGGAAAAUGGUAAGUUCCUGCAAUAAUGUUUAUGUCUGAGUGUUUGUGGCCAAGAGAAAGGGCGUGUGGAAGUUGGGGAGGCAGGGGAAAGGAAGCCACAGCUGGCAAAGCCACACGCAGACAACUGAAGAAGUUUUCAGCAAUUUGUAAACAUCUCCUCCCCCUCUUUAUUUCACUUCCAGUUUACAAAAAGAAAAAUGUUAUCCUGAAAAUAUUUAAGUGAUAGUCUACCCCUACCAUUAGCAUUUUAUUUCCAAUUUGGCAUUUUUAUAUGAAACAUUAACUAAUGAGGUUGGCAAAUAAAAUUUUAGCUCAAGUUUAAGUUCAUAGUUUAUGAAGAGGCCAUUGUUGUUCUAUUUCAAAGAAAUUAUCCCUAGAAUUUCAAAUUCUGACACCUGUCUUUGGCCCACAAACUGAACACCAGCCAUAAACUGGACACUGGCAACCCCACAAGGGUACAGGUCUGCACACAUAUUCCUCACCCUUGGAACUCCAUGUAAUUUUGAAAAAUCUCACCACUGAUUUAAUCUGCCCAUUUUUCACAUAACAUGAAACUUACUGGUCCAGAAAGUGAAAAUGUGAAACCCAAAACACAAAUGUUGUUUUGGAAAUUUUUCCAUUUAUUUUUCUUUUCUUUCUUUUUUUAGUAUCCGCUGUGUCCUGUUACUUUAAGUACAAUGCGAUGAACGCAAGAUCUGCAGCAUAUUUCACCAACUAAAUUGCAUCCUGUACAAUUUCCAUGACUUAGAAGAAUUAUCCACUGUUUCUAUUUUCUCGCCUCUGAUUCAUUCAGUAGGGGGCUCAUAUCUGACUUCUGCUCUCACCACCUCAUCAAAAUUGGUCUUAUGUGACCCAUUCUCACCCAGGAACAUCCUCCCUGUUAGGGGUAGAUUAAGGUUGAUUUGAAUCACCCAAUUCCAAACCCUUCAAACAAAUAGUCACCCCAAGAUACUCCCAUUUUCACAGUUGCCUCUAACUCUGGGCCCCUGUUUCUUUGCACACUAUGUCUCUCAUCCCCAUGAAGCUCUGCUCAUUUCACACGAAAGAAAAAAAACUCAGCAUUCAUGAGUUUAUUGAACAUUCAGGUUGAAGCAAGCUGAUUGGGGAAGGGGACUUUAUUACAUCAACUUAAAUAAAUCCUAUUA